AUGGGUAUUCGAGGCAGAAAUCUGAAGAGGAUAUGCCAGCGCUAUGGAGAUAAACUACGUUAUGCAACACUGUAUGACAGCAGUCGCAGAAUUGCACUUUACUCAGCUUAUUCCUUCAAAAAGUCAGAUGGACAGAGGAGGAUGGACACACCCUGGAUGUAUGAACCACAGCUAGUUACUGCUGAUGAAAAUGGGAACAUGAGAGUGCUGCCCUCUAGUGGUGAAACAGACCCACUAAUUGAAGAGAGCCAGGCUCUGCUUGCCGAUUAUAUUGAUGCAGUACAGUACGAGCGUGGGCAACUUAACCCUGAUCAGCACCAGGCGGACAACCAAGACAAAGCGUCUACCUACACGCUCACAAAUGUGGUGCCUCUAAUCACAGAUCUUUUGGAAGGCCCAUGGAGUGCAUAUACCGAUAUGUUGCGGCGUCGACUGAAUAACUUCUGCCAUGGGGUUGCUUAUGUGGUGACUGGGGUAACUGUUUCAGGGUUAACAAUCCAAAGAGAAAGAGAGGAUCGUAUAGCUGUCCCUAAGCACCUAUGGUCGGCUUACUGCUGCCCACGAUUUGACAACAACUCACCCUAUGAUGUACGGUACAUGUUUCCCACCUAUGCGGCAUAUGCUUUCAAUGCGAUAGGAUACAGUGUUACAGAAGUGCCUUUGAAGACUUUGGAAGCUUUUUUGAAGAACCAGACUGACGUGGAUAAAACCUUGCUUACAUGUUUGAUAUUGAAAUCACAAGCAGCAGUGGUGGAGGACUUCAACCACGUAGACCGCUGUAAGGAUUUCCUUUACAUGGGCACUCCACCAAGAGCUUACCUAAGUUCUUCAGUUAAAAAGAUCUGUCAGCAAUAUAUGGACAAGCCCCGCUUCAUCUCCUUCUAUGACCCCCAAAAACACAUCCCGAUAUACUCAGCUUACACCUUCGAGAAAUCAGACGGGGACAAGCGAGGAGAUGUCCCCUGGAUGUUUGAACCACAGCUGGCAACUGAGAAGAGUAGUAGUAACAUGGAACCCUUUCCCCAGUCCUCCUUAAUGCAUAAAAACUUUGAAGACACACAGGCUGUGCUGGAUGACUAUGCUGAUGUGAUCCAAUAUGAACGUGGCCAAUUGAACCCAGAUGAGCAUCAGGCUGACCCGAUGGACAAGGCUGCCACCUAUACCUUGACAAAUGUGAUUCCUCUGAUAAGGGAGUUUAGUUUUGGGCCCUGGAGCACACAGGUAGAGCUUAUCCGCAAACGACUUAACAACUAUUGUCAUGGAAAAGCUUAUGUGAUAACUGGGGUUACAACAUCGGGUAACAUGAUCCGACGUGAUAACCUAGAUCGAGUGGCCAUUCCAGAGUACAUUUGGACAGCCUAUUGCUGCACAGAUUUUGAUCAUAAUGCGCCUUAUUCAGAGCGCUAUAAGCUUCCCGUGUUUGGGGCUUAUGGCCUUAAUGAUCGGGUGAACAACCAUAUAGUGGAAGUUCCAAUUAAAAAUCUAGAGAAGUUUCUCAAGGGCAAAAUGGAUGUGGAUAAGAGCUUCCAGAUAUUUUACAAUGACUGUGUGCCAGACACAUAA